AUCCAAUCAUCAUCAUACAGUUUAUUGUAUUUGCAUUUUUACCAAGUUGAUGAUUUUAAAUAUUUAAUUCACUUACAACGCUACAAUAACGUUAUACGUCUGAUUAACAUACGACACUUGCAGCAAUAAUCGUAACCAAAAUAAAAAACGUCAGCUGUUCCGUAUAUAUAAUGAACACCGCCAACACCAAAAGAGGUUAUGGACGUACAUAUGUAUUUACAAAUCUGCCAGUUUUAUAACAAAUAAAAAUACAAUACCAAAUACUGUAUUAAAAUGCCUUCGUACGAGUUAUUUCUGGUUUUAAGACAAAUGUCCAGGCCAGAAUUGGUUUCAGCGUUAAAGCGAACGGCCGAAUCUAUUUUGGAUAAAGGAGGCAUAAUCAGAAGUUUACAAAACUUAGGCUCAAGAGCAUUACCCUAUAAAGUCAGCGGACAGGGUCUGGUUCAUCGUGAGGGUACAUAUUUCACCAUUAAUUUUGAUGUGGCCCCUACAAAAAUAGCGGAUAUGAAGGAAGAAUUCAGUCGUGAUGUCGACAUAAUAAGGCGCAAUGUGUACAAAAUGGAAGAACCCGAAAAGUAUGAAUGCACCUUGCACGAAGAAAUGUUACCGCCCGCUUAUCGCAAAGAUGUACAAGAAAUGAUUGAAAUAGCGAAGAAAAAACAAAAACCAAAAUAUAAUUACAAUUCAGGCUUGGAUUAUUAUCCAUUCCAAAAGUAGAAAUAAGAACAAACAAUACAAAGUUGUUUUCUGAUCAUUCUAAAGAAUAUAAAAUAAUAGCCUUUUAAUGGAA